AUGCAUCUUCUAUUAUUAAAUAUAAUAAUCAUUGUAUUGAUUCCUGUAUGUUUUAGUGUUUCAAAUAAUACUGAAUUAUCUAUUAGAAUAUGUGAAAAAUGUUCUCCCUGUUGGAAUAUUUUUGGUAAGAACUAUGGAUCUUGUUUGAAAAUAAAUUACAAUAUGAAUCCAUUUAUGAUUGUACAACCUAUUUGUAUUGAUACAUUAAUUUUACUUAUUAUAUUAUUUGUUAGUAUUGUUACUCUUGUAUCAAGUUGUAUUUGGCUUCUAUAUUUAUGGAUCAAACGAUGUCAAGAUGAUGAUACAAGAUAUAUUAUAGAUGGAUUGAUAAUUAUUUAA